GCUUUGGUGAACUUGCAAGGCAAUGCAGAUACAAUUUUGCAUGUUGCUAAGUUUUUUCUUUUCUUUUCCCCCAAUACAAAAAAACUUCGAUCAAUUCGAAACAAUUCUUAAUCUAUCCAUUUUUCAAUGAUAAACUCAAUAAUUUAUUGGCUGGGCCUGAUUUUGUUUUUGGGCUUGGACGGAGGGUUGGUCCUUCCUUGUCACGCCCAACUCAAGUUUUGAAAGACGUUAAUUUUUGCGCGAAGGCAAGAACUUGAAUAAAUUUCACGCUAACUGUUAAGACAGUUAGGGUUUAUAUGAAAGUUCAAACAUACUCCAGUCAAGACAUUUAAUCUAGUAAUCUUGCAAAUUCAAGCAAUGGGAGCAUUUAAAUUGGAACUUCGCUGUCCGCAAAGGGUUAAUGAAGUCGGAGUUGAUCCAAAUCCAGAUUGGAGUUUUGAUUCGCUGUUAUCAGAGCUCAGUUCACUUGAAAACAAGCUCAAUAACUCCUCCUCAGCUCCUUUUACUAAAACCCUGUCACGAGGAUUUUCGAGCAGGCAAAUUGUGAAUAGGCGUUCAAGGAGGGCAUUUGUAAUGCGAGUUUCUGAUGAUGAGGUUGAGGAUAAUGACAGUGAAGGGGAUGAUGAGAAGGAUCAUACGCAGAGUUUAGUAGUGGCAAAACGGUUCAAUUAUGAUGAUAUUCAUCUUUGUGAUAGUGAUGACUCUGAUUAUGAAAACGAUCUUGAUUCCUAUUCCUAUUUAAUGGAAAAAGUUGGAUUAGUGGAAAGUUCCUUGUUUGAACUAAGCCAGGAGCAUCAGCUUGGAGUUAAGGAGGAGAUUAGGAACCAAAUCUCAGCAUUGGAGAUGGAAUUAAUGAGAGAAAGUGAAAAGUCAAAUUCUGCAUUCAACCGAGUUGAGAAGUAUAGAGAGGCAAGAAAGGAAUCUGACAGGAAAUUUGAUACUCAAUAUCAGCGUAAAAUUGCAGAAGCACUAGACAAUCACUUAACCAGUAUCCAGCGGGAUCACGAAUUGAAAUCACAAAUAGAAGAAAGGAAAAUAAGAAGUGAUGCAGCGCAUGAAGAGGCUAGAAGAAAGGAAAAGGCUUUGCAAGAAGAAAGGCUGCGUCAAGAGAGAGCUAGAGCAGAAGCAGAGGCUAAACGCAAAGCUGAGGAAGCAAAAAUGGCUGCUCUAGAAGCAGAGAGAAAAGCAGCAAAGGAAGCUGCAGAAAAAGAAGCUGCUGAAGCCUCUAAAAAGCAAGCUGCUACAGUCUCAGGAGAGGAUGUUGCUGGAAACCGAGUACAUGCCAGUUCAGCCAAUUGGGAUGUUAAUUCUCAAGGAGCUGUAUCUAAUGGAACUAAUAAAUCACAAUUAGCAGGUAGCAUUAUAAGGGCUGCGGAAAGUGCUCUUAGUCUAGAGCAGAAAAGACUGGAGAAGCUUAGAGCACUGGAGGAACAAAACCGAUCACUGAAGUUGAGUUCCAAUAUGGAUUUCAGCAGCCAUGAAAGACAUGUUGCUAGGUUGAUAAAACAAAUACGGGGGACGAAAGAAAAUGUUAGAGCGAAAUCAAGUGAACUUGUUAAGCUUUGCCAGAAUCCUUCAUGCCCUCAAUCCAUCAGUAUUGCAGCAAUUGCAACUUUUCCAAAGAAGGUUGCUUCCCAGUCUGAACUUCCUGAUAGUGCCGUCUUUGCAUGUGCCUACGUCAUUGUUAUGGUUACCUCACAGGUUCCACAUUCAAUGAAUCUGCUUCUAGCGGAGUUUCAUAGAGGUUGCAUCUACACUGUCCCAAGGCAUGUAACAUACUCAAAGUCAGCAUUUGAAUCAAAAGAGGCUUAUCAAAAAACCAUUGGAUACCAAGAACAGAACGGGAAGAUUGAAAGUACUACAGAUUAUUUGAAAAGAUUAGAAUGCUACAUGAGAUUGUAUGGAGCUCUGGUUCAGACAGAAGUCCAGGGUUUCCAGAACUCUCAUGGUCCAAACGAGGGUUGGGCUUGGCUUGCAAGAUUCUUAAAUAACCUUCCUGCCAAUAUAUACACUGCUGUUGCAUUGAACGGAUUCCUGAAAACAGCAGGGUUUGUUCUGUUCAGAAAAUACAGAUCUCAGUUUGGGAAGAUGCUGAACAUCAUCUAUAAUGACUUCCUAGAGGCACUCAGAAAACGGCAAGAUUCAGGGCUGAAUGCAACAGUUGCGGAGAUUCAAUCCUACAUACAAGACAAAAAGUUCCUUCAGGAGCCAGAAGGAGCAAGGCUGCAGGGCUCAUUGGUAUCUCACGUUAUUGGCGGACAACCAGAAUUCAGAUAAUCGAUCCUUAACUUUUCUUCCCUGUUGUUUGGAUUAAUUCUUCUUGUUCUGCCCUCAUAAAUCUUUUAGAAAGCAUCAGUCGGGCAUUGCCGUUGAAAUUUGUAUCGUUUAAUAAGACUUCAAUUUUUCCAUAAGCAUAUAUUGCCAAGGUAUAUGACAUCUUGAAGUGGGUUUCCUUUCGGUAUUUCAUUUCGACUUCAGGUUUU